AAUCCCCAACAAUGAAUGGAGGCCUGUGGAGUUUGUCACCCGUGGCAUAUGGAAUACCAGAAUAUGGGAGGGUAAUUUUUGAAAACAUAAAUUAUUAUGUUACGGAAACUACGCACGUGUGGAUUUGUAACUAGUUUGGACUGUUGGGCGUAUGCAACCUUUAAACUGACUUCAUGAAGCUUUGAAACGUGUUUACACAGGAUGACAACAACACUUCAGUGUUGGCACUAAAAAGAUAUCACUCCAGUGUGACAUUCGGUUCCCACGCUCUGCAUUUGAAAAAACGGCCACAUUCAGGAUGAGGAUGCCGGGACAGGCCGAAGGGGCGCGGAGGCGUCUGGAUCUGACCUCUCCUCAUGAAGUCAGAGGAGUUGAGGUUGUUCGAGGACGUGUAGGAUACGGGUUUACCUUAUCGGGACAAGGCCCGUGCCUCUUGAGUGGUAUAUUGGAGGGGAGCCCUGCAGACCAGGUGGGACUGAAGCAGGGGGAUCGUAUAGUGAGCGUCAACGGAACUGACGUGGCAAAGGCAUCCCAUGAGGCCGUGGUGCAGUUGAUUGGCACCUGUAAAGGCCCCUUACGGUUGGUGGUGCUUGUCGGGAGCGGGCCCUUGGUGGACCUAUCCUCCAGUGACGAGGAGUUAAGCAUUUCUAGAACAGAGGGAAAGGUGCUUUUUCAGAAGGGGGGUGUUUUUCGCACUGUUUCGGACCACUCUGGCAACUCGUCAUCUAACUCCGUAAACGCCACCCCAGCUAAACCAAGGCCUGUGUCGGAACCUGACAUGUCCCACUGGAUCCAACCUUUGAACUACAAAACCCAGCCUGUCUUCCUGUCUGAGGAGGAAACCGCCAGAGUGGCAGACAGCGACUCUGUUUUCAACGACCAGGAGGAUGAUGUGAAUCCAGACUGGAGUAUUCUGAACACAGCCAUGGUGGUGGGCUACCUGGGCUCCACUGAACUGAUCUUGGCUUUGUCCAGACAUGGCUCAGAGGACGACUGCCUACAGGUGAUCCGCAGGUGUAUCAGACUUAUGGGCACAGAGCAGGAGACCCACACGCUGGUGAUGAUGAAGAUCAUGUUCGACUGCGUCCGCCUCUGUGAUGACACAGGAGCCGUCCUUGCUGCCUUCCCUGCCGAGAACCUUGUCCUGGGCGUGGUGUGUUCCGAGGACAGGCGCUUUUUUUGUCUGGUCACCACUGCGCACAUCUCUGGCGGCCACGUUGGCCAGAACGGUCCCCUGAGUACCUCCUGCCACGUCUUCUUCAUCGACCCCGAGCUGUGUCACCACAGUGACCACCUGGGCAUCACAGGGCGCUUCGGCUUCGACUGCACCCCUGACCCAGACACCCAGGGCUGCCUGGAGUUCCCCCUUACUCCCCCCUCCGUCCUCCAGUUUGUAUCUGUCUUAUACUGUGACAUGGGGGAGGCAGUGGAGAGGCUUAGAACCAGGCUGGACAGAGACUCAGCCCACCACCUCCACACGCAACAGAAUGGCAGCAGCACCGGUAAGAACGGCAGCGCCAGCAGCAACGGAGACAGCGGGAUCGGAAAUGCCUCCCCCCCUGAGGAGAGAGCGGACAGGGAUUUCCCCAUCGCCCACGGAAACGACCCUGGGGGCCAUCUCCCCAGCUGUCCAUGGGAGGAUUACCCCCAGGCCGAAGGAGACCUCACCCAAAUACUAGCUCAUCAAAAUGGCCGCCUAAACGUCCAUCCUAAUCCAGGCAGCACAAAUUCCCUUUCCGAAUCUCUACCGGGCCCAGCGUUGUUAACCGGCCCAUCCGGUGGCCCUCCUCCCAGGCUGGAGUUUCAGUUCAAGCCCCCGCCACCACCGUACCCUCUGGCUAAGAACCAGAAACAGAACCUAACAGGAGGAGGCCCCUUCAGAAGCAGUCAGUGCUGGUUCUCUAUGAGUGUCAAGCAGAGGUGGCCUAAGGGCCGAGGUGGAGAGCCCGAGUCCCAGGCAACACCGGCCACUAACAGCUGGUCAGGACCAGCCACGUUGGGUAGCACCAAUGCUCUGCCACCCCCCAUGAGCCAGAUCCCACCAGACAGGUACCUGGCAGCGGAGGCCAUGAUGCUGCUGCCCCAGAGGGAGGAGUGGAGCAAACGACUCUGGAGAGUAGAAUCUGGAGAGCUGCUGAAUGGAAAUCCCAGGAAAGAUGCCAAUACCAAGGGCUCCAAGUUCUGGGGCAUUGGUGCCGGCCGCUCCUCUGGCCGUCGCUCCUUUGGACACUCCAAGAGGCUCAGCCUGGCACGUUCACUGGACGACCUGGAGGGGGACAAUCGUCACUCAGUGCCGGUGUGGGAGAGGGUGAGGGAGUGCUCCGCCAAGCACUGCAGCGUGACCUUGCCGGAUGGCUCGUGCUCCUCUGUGACCCUGCGGCCGGGGGCCACCAUCAGGGAGGUGCUCAGGGACCUCUGUCAGAAGCUCUGCAUCAAUAUGGUCGCCGUCGACCUCUUCCUGGUGGGAGGAGAGAAGCCUUUAGUGCUGGACCAAGAUUGCAUGACCCUCAGCUCACGGGACCUCAGAAUGGAAAAGCGCACCCUGUUCAGGCUGGACCUGGUACCCAUUAAUCGGUCUGUGGGCUUGAAGGCCAAACCCACCAAACCCGUCACCGAGGUCCUGCGUCCUGUCGUGGCGAAGUACGGCCUCCACCUCAACGAUCUGGUGGCCAAAAUAAGUGGAGAAACGGAGCCUUUAGACCUAGGGGCGCCCAUAUCCAGCCUCGACGGCCUGCGCAUAGUGCUGGAAAGAGCGAAUCCUGCUACCUCAGGGAAAGAUUCCAAGUCCAAGUCAGCCUCCUUGAAAGCCCAUCUGCCAUCUUUGACCAGCAGGAGUCUUUCAGCAACAGGAGAUGACAGGUCAUCAGGAAAGGCAAGCGGACCAGACCCGUCGCUCCCUACGGAAAAGAGAAAACCGAAAAAGAUUAAUAUAGAUGAAGCUGAAGAAUUCUUCGAGCUCCUAAGCCGGGCGCAGAGCAGCCGGAGAAAUGCCCAGAGAGGCCUCCUGAACAAAGAGGACCUGGAGUUACCUGACUUCCUGCGGUUAACCCCCUGCUCCCCCUCCACUGCCUCCCUAGACGUGGCAUGCUCCACCCCCGCCUCCAUCGAACAGGGCCAGGUGGUAGGCAGGUUGAAUGGGGUGGGUGGUACCCCUGCCCGCGGCCCCCUCAACGCCAGCCUGCGCUCCGAGAGCCUGGACUCCUCCCUCAGCAGCGCCAACGGACACUCCCACUCCGCUGCGGGGCGCCGGGCACUGCACCCACCCCGCCACCCCAUCUCCAACUUCGGCGCCACCCUCUCCCCCAUACCCCGCCCCUUGGAGGCUAGAGGCCCGGGCCUCAGGACGCUGGAGGAAGACACCCAUGCUGACCUGACCCUGGUGGGAGAGGGGGACAUCAACAGCCCCAACAGCACCCUGCUGCCCCCCUCGCCCGCGCCGCUGUCCCACGAGGGCAGCCUGCCUGAGGCUAACUUUACCCCUCCUGCGCCCUGCACCCAAUCCUCCCAGGAUGGAUGUGGAAAUGGCCAGUCCAGCUCAGAGAGAAGAAAAAUAGCAUGUGAUCUUGACUGCUCCCACAAGAGGGCACCGUGUCUUGGAGCACUACGCUCUCAGCCAGCCCUGCAGGAGGUGAUGGACGUGGAGGGAGUGUGUCUAGAGGAGGGGGAGGAGGAGGGGGAUAAAGUGGGGGAGGUCACCAUCAUCCGGGGAGAAGACUCCGAGCUCAGUCUCAGUUUCCAAGGGUACGCCACCGAGCUCCGGCAGUGCCAGAGCCGGAUGAAGACCUCCCAGGUGCUCCUCAACGCCCACGACCAAUCAGAGGGGAUCCAAGACUCCAAGACUGACAUGUACAAGGCCACAAUCGUGUGAGCUGUGAGGCUGAGCAACCUUCACCAGCACUUUCCAAGCUUGAGUCACUGUCUGUUCAAACAGGAUCUUACUUGACAAACGAGGGACUUUAACUGUAAAAAGCUAUUGAUUUUCACUCCAGAACUGAUAGAAUGUAUAAUAAUUGUUUUGGUGAUAGAUAUUGUAUUAUUGAACAUUACUCUGGUGUGUGUUUAGUGGGUUUACAUUUUCAAGAAGUGAUGAAAAGCAAAUGAAUUGCCAGUUCAGAUUGAUGAAAGAUUUGGUAAUAAAUAACUGUUUGGGAAUUUAUCAGGGGAUAGGCUACCUUGUUUAAAACAUGGUUGCUGAUACUGUAGGUACUGCAAGGCAGGGGCUAUAGAACUUUGCCUCUUUCAGGUAGAUAGGAUAGGAUUCACACAUUUUAGGAACAUGAGAAACUCCUCGCAACUCUAGUACAUUUUACUGUAUUAUUCUGGUCAUUUAUUCCACGCUUUCAUGGUGAACAACAUAUGAUCCAUCUUCAUAUCUGUAAACGUCUCAUUACAGUAUUAUGAUUGGCUUCAUGUUUGGUUAUUGUUCAAAUUCCACUCAAUAAACAUGCCUACCUUUGUAAUUCCA